UGGAAAGUCGUUCGGUCAAAAUUACCCCGGUGAAAGUCACUUUGUUCCUACGUAUUGAGGAUGCGAAGUGUCCCUCCCAGGUCCUGAGAAAUUUUAGGAUCUGUUGCCAAUGUGCGCUACACGUUCUCGUCAACUUUACGGCGGCGUACAUCGUAAUUCUGAGAGAGACCAUCCACAUCCUGCGGUACCACAGACUCCUCAUCCUGUUCCUUAUCCGUUCUACCCACCUUCCGCAUAUCCACGUUGCUUCUCGUACGAUCCCUACACAGCAUAUCAUUGUCCGAGCUCAUUUUAUCCGACGUCCUAUUGUGCUCAGCACGACGUUACCAAGGAAGAGCCCGCGGGUUGGUCUUGGUCUACCGUUGCUCUCCUCUUCCUUCUUGCGAUCGGUUUGCUCGUGAUUGUUUAUCGUAGCUUUUCCCGCGAGUCUCGUCGAAAGAUUGCUGCUUGGCUGCGCUCGCCCAGGCUCACCUCACAGAGUUAUAGUCGCGGGGACUGAGUCCCGUAAAAGAGAUCGAUUUCCCUGCAUGAGGAACCUGCCUUGAUUUUGUCCAUCUUUCUCAACUCGUGCAGACAGCGAGGACACAAGACGCGGUUCAGAAUUAUCCCGCGGAAUUUCUCCGGUGUACCGAGCGGAACGAAGAUCACGGUCCUUCCUACGUGGAUCCCAGCGAAUCCUCCUCAUUAACAGAUGCAAUAACAAAGACAUUUGUAAAUCCCGUCUACGAGAACAACAAUCAAGACGAAAGUGAGAUCGAAGACAGCGAAACUGUGCAAAACGAGUUCGUGACAGAUACUGAAAGAGUUCGGUCAAUCCAUCGAUAUUUCCAUUUCGAAAAGUGAUUGCCAAUAACGAGGAAACAUAAAAAGCAAAGUAACAUCUGAAGUAUACAAAGGACUCCAAUACAAUUAGUAGAAACGAGUAGAAACGCCUGAUAGAGCAAAUACCGAGUCAUCA